AUGGCUGCAGCCAAGAAGCCCGUCCUAUAUUACUUCGACCUCGGCAGCAAAGGACGUGGCGAAGUCGUCAGGCUGUUCCUGAGGGAACUCGGCAUCGAGUUCGAGGACAAGCGUUAUGCUUAUGACGCAACAUGGACUGGAAUCAGCAAAGAGUUCGAGACUAAGGGAUUGACCGUCACUCGGAAAUUGCCAUCGUUGGAUAUCGACGGCCAUAUUCUGUCUCAGCAUAUCCCCAUUCUGAGAUAUCUCUCGCGGUCUGUCGGUGCCUAUGACGGAACCACAAACUACGACAAGUGGCUGGUGGACGCUGUUGCCGAUACUUACAUUGACUGGAGAGCUCGGUGGGUCGCCAAUUUGACUGAGAAAAAACCCGAAUACCAGACCGAGACGGUAGCUCUCUACCAUGGGAUCUGGGACAAGUUCUAUUCUCGACACUCCGGCCCGUACCUCCUGGGGAAUACCAUCACGUAUGCCGACUUUGCGGUCUUUCAGGCGCUUGAUAAUGAUGAUGUACUCGGUUGGAUUCCAGGCUCGCUUCCGGAGACACUCAAAAGGCUGCGAGCUGCCGUCUCCGAGCGCCCGAAUGUCAAGGAAUACUUAGCGACCAGAAGUGCCUAG